ACGUAUUUCAUCGAUGGUGACGCCCGGUCGAUUAAAAGCCUAGCAUUUAGAGCCACGAACUAUUUUUCGCUUUGUCAAAUGUGAAAUUACACGCGUUUUUGGCGUGCGGCUGUAACCGUUUUAUCGCAUUUCAUUAAAGGCUGUAGCGCAGCGCCGCUCGUCUAAAGUUCUAGUCCCUGAGCAAAAUCAGAAACUGUCCGUUCGCCGUGCGUGUGUGUUUUUUGUUGUGUUGUCGUGCAUCUAUGGCCACGGCAGUUGGACCCGUUUCGCUCGCGUCCGCCGCGACAGGCGCCUGUCAGCGUGCAGCAACAGAGCCCAUGCGCUGAGAGGGACUCGCGACGAGCCGAGGAGGAGCCCGCGGCGCGGCGCGGCGCAGGGCGGGCGCGAGCGAGCGAGCAACAGCGGAGCUCGCGCGCCCGGACGAGCUGCGCACGCGACGCUCCAUCCUGAAUACCAGUGAAAUGUGAAAAGACAGGAGUUAGACAUGUGAAAUGAACGAUUUCUGAGGAAGUCCAAAGCAAGGCCAACACCGAAUCGGGAUUGUGUGUCUUUCCAAAGCCUUUUCCUUUGGCCCCCUGACACGCCAUGGCGAGCAAAAGGAAGUCGUCGACCCCUUGCAUGGUCCUUCCCUCAGACACCAUCGAGCAGGACCCAGAGAUGGAGGUGAUGAUGGAGGGAGAGGAGGGUGCAGAGGGCAUGGCAGCUGCUCCCGUAGAGGGUGCUGUUGUACCCACAGACAUUGAGCCAGAGCACAGCGUGAUUCCCCACCCUGACGAGGGCUGUUUCACUCGGACCUCGGUGAGGCAUUGCAGCCGGACCGUCUCCGAGCACGCCGUUGAUGACUUGACCUUUGACUGCGGCUUUGUGCCUCAGCUGGAGGGCGAGGAGGCCGAGGACGUGUCUGCGACAGGUAUCCCUCUCAGCAAGACGCCCAUCAUGAAGAUGAGGAGCAAAGCUGAGCCGAAAAGGAUCGCCGUGCCUCAUAAAGUGGUGGAUGAUGGGGAAGCGGGAGCAGACAGUGGAGGGGAGCAGGAGAUUAUGGAGGAGGUUGCCGUGGGCACCCCGUCCGCCAUGGAGGUGGCGGCUACACUUAACAUUGAGCCAGCAAAGACUUGCGUCGUGAUCGGUAACCCGGGUCCCGUACUGGCCGACCCAAAGAAGACUAUAAUAGGUUCUGCCACGGUUUUGCCCGCAGGCCUGGCCCAGGUCCUGUCUGCCCUGCAGGCCCAGCAGAACUCUCAGACGCAGCUCCUCAUACCCGUCAGCAGCAUCCCAACAUACAAUGGGGCCAUGGACAGCAACGCCUUGCUGGUCAGCACUUACAACAGGUUCCCGUAUCCGUCCGUGUCCGAGAUCACGGGCUUGGCUGUGCAGACCAAAUUUACGGAGGAGCAGAUUAAGAUCUGGUUCUCGGCCCAGCGUCUGAAACACGGCGUGAGCUGGACGCCUGAGGAGGUGGAAGAGGCCAGGAGGAAGCAGUUCAAUGGCACGGUGCAUACCGUGCCGCAGACCAUCACCGUCAUACCUGCCCAUCUCUCUGCCACCACCAAUGGGCUGCAGUCUGUCCUGCAGACCUGCCAGAUUGUAGGGCAGCCUGGGCUGGUGCUGACCCAAGUUGGGAACGCUAACGCUCUGCCGGUGACCGCACCCAUUACACUGACGGUAGCUGGGAUCCCCAACAACCAGACUCAAACACCCAAACCCACUGCCAUGCAGACAACACCUGCUGCUGUGGAGGCCAAGAGGGCCACCACAGUGCAGGCCCCUGCUCUGAGCCCUCAGGAGAGCUCCGCCAUUGGUGUCGAUCAUCUCGGCAUAAGGACUAAGAAGUCCAAGGAGCAGCUGGCAGAACUGAAGGCUAGCUACCUGAAGAACCACUUUGCCAGCGACGCGGAGAUAUCGCGUCUGAUGAAGCUUACAAACCUUACCAGAGGUGAGAUAAAGAAGUGGUUCAGCGACACACGGUACAACCAGCGUAACUCGAAGAACAGCCAUGUCAUCGUGUUUAAUGACGGCGCUCCCAGCGACGGCAGCGGCACCACCGCCGUUUUCAUCGAUUCUAGCGACGAGACCACGGAGCUUCCCACUCCCACUCCUGUGAAAGAAACGCGCAGCAAGUCUCGCAGCCUAAACCCGUUUCCGGACUUCACGCUGCAGAAGUUCAAAGAGAAGACACCUGAGCAGCUGCUGCUUUUGGAGGAGAGCUAUCAGAAGUGUAGCACGCCCACGGACGAGGAGCUGAGCCGGCUGAGGACGGAAACAAAACUCACCCGGCGAGAGAUAGACGCCUGGUUCACAGAGAGACGGAAAGCGCCGGAGUCGGCGGAGCCCAAAGCCGAGCGGAAGGAGGCCGGUUCCACCAAAUCUGCGUCCUCCUCCAAGCAGAGUUCUCCUAGUAGCAGCAGACAGAGUAGGGAGAAGAUCGGCAAGAAAACGCCCGAGCAGCUCCACAUUCUGAAAGCUGCCUUUGUGCGCACGCAGUGGCCUUCCGCUGAGGAGUACGACAAGCUAGCUAAGGAGAGCGGCUUGCCCAGGUCCUACAUCGUCAACUGGUUUGGGGACACUCGCUAUGCCUGGAAGAACGGCAAUCUGAAGUGGUACUACUUCUACCAGAGUGGCAAUGUUGGGGCUAUUAAUGGGAGCGGGUACCGGAAGAGAGGCAGGGGCCGGGCACGGAACCGAGGACGCGGGUGGUCCCGGAAGAGUAGACGAGCCUCGAGUUGGGGGCGGUCACCCCCCGUCAUUAAGUUCAAGAUGGGGAAGGAGAUUCUGAAGGAGUACUACCUCAAGCACCGGUUCUUGAACGAGCAGGACUUGGACGAGCUGGUGGCCAAGUCCAACAUGGGCUAUGAGCAAGUGCGGGAAUGGUUUGCUGAGGUCAGGAAGCGGGAGGAAAUGGGCAGUGACCCAUUCGAGGAAGCCAAGGAGGUGGUGGAGGAGGAGGAGUCACAGAGCAAAGGCAAUGGCGAGAUGGUGGCUGAGGAGAGGGGAGAUGCUCCUGGAAUUGGAAACGAGGAAGACAAUGAGACAGAUGACAGUGACACCUGGGAACCCCCGCAGUGUGUCAAGAAGUCACUUUCAGGGUCAGAGGAUUAGUACAGAAG